UCAACCCCUGAAAGCCACUGGGAAAACGUACCCCAUAUACGCCUUAUCCCCUCUUCGAAGCUGAAUAAAUGCCAGACUGCCAGUGAUCUAAGUCUAAUUCUAACACUACAAACCCCCCAAGCCAAAUGGCUGUGUCAUCAUCUACCACUGCAGCAGCCCUUCACUAUAUCUCAAAACCACAGCAAAAUUAUGCACCAAGAACUACUACUACUACUACUUGCAGCAGCUGCUCAUUCUCUGUUUCCAUAACGUCCUCCUUGUCCAAAACAACGAAAAAGCCGCUUAAAGUUACGGUGAGAAGCAGUAGUAGCGAUGGUAGUCCAUCUGCAGAAGCAGCGGUGACACAGGCAGAGGCCGAGUCGGAGUCUCCCAUUGAACUUCCCAAAGGGCCUCCGUCAGUAAUCUCUACUCUCAACGUUGAAAGAGCUCUCCGUGGAAUCCCAAUUACAGAUAUUGAUUACUAUGGCAGUCUUGGAAUUCAGAAAGGAUGUUCAAAUGAUCAGGUUUAUGCAGCAUACAAGAACAAGGUAGAAGAGUUAAUGAACAAAGGAUUCGAUGAGGAAGAACUCAGCAAGAAACUUGAGGUUUUAAAGGAAUCGUACGCUGUUUUAUCGAAUGUGCAAGAGAGAAGACUGUACGAUUGGAGCUUGGCUAGGAAGGCGAAUCAAGAUAAAUACCUAUGGCCUUAUGAGGUUGACAACUCAAAAAAAUCAUCAGAGCCAAUUCCAGAGGACCCAGAGGACGUAGUGCCAACAAGACUGGUGGGCUACUUCUUUUUGGCGUGGUGUUUACUGGCUGUUGUAUUGUCAAUUGGCCUCAAUCGAUAGGAAGUAGUAGUAUGUAUGUGUUUAAUUUUCUGGGUUUUUUUUUUUUCAUUUUCAACCAGUCUUUGUUUAAUUUAUUUUUGUGCUGCCAAAACCAGUCUAUGUAUUCAUAAUUAAUUCUAUUGAAGCUGGGAUCUCAACAUUAA